CCAAUAAUAUUUCAGACUAGUCACAACUUGUGUAUCUGUUUCCUUUAGGCGUUAAUGGAGGAAAAUAAGGUACCAUUUCUUACUUCAAUUACACCUUCAAAGGCUUCAUUUGAUGCCGACGAAGAUGAUAUUAAAGCGAUUAAUGGUGUGAAAAGCUUCGUAAAGGAAUUUCAUUACGAAUCGAAAAAGUUGUGGUACUUAGCAGGACCUGCCAUUUUCACUUCCCUUUGUCAAUACUCAUUAGGUGCUGUUACUCAAAUCUUUGCUGGACAUGUUGGAACCAUUCAACUUGCUGCUGUUUCUAUCCAAAUCUCUGUUAUUGCUGGAUUUUCAGAAGGAAUACUGUUGGGAAUGGGAAGCGCACUAGAGACACUGUGUGGACAAGCAUAUGGAGCUAAACAGAAAGAUAUGCUUGGAAUUUAUAUGCAGAGAUCAUGGAUAAUACUGCACGCAACUGCGCUAGUUUUAAUGUUUUUGAAUAUAUUUGCCACACAAAUUCUAAGAUUAAUUGGGCAACAAGAGAAAAUAGCGGAAUGGGCAGGGCAAUUUUCGUUAUGGAUGAUACCAAUGGUUUUUGCUUAUGCCUUUGAAUUUCCUAUCAUGAAAUUUCUUCAAGCUCAAAGCAAAAUUAUGACUAUGGCCGUCAUAGCUGGAGUUUCAUUUGCUAUGCACACUUUGUUAACUUGGCUGUUUAUGUUGAAAUUGGGUUGGGGUUUGGCCGCUGGCGCAGUGGUUCUAAAUUGUUCGUGGUGGUUUAUGGUGACUGCAAAAAUGAUGUAUAUUUUGUGGGGGAAUUCAUGUGGUGAAGCUUGGUCUGGAUUUUCAUGGGAGGCCUUCAAAAAUCUUUGGGGAUUUGUUAGAUUAUCUCUUGCAUCUGGGGUCAUGAUAUGCUUAGAACUUUGGUAUUUCAUGUCCUUGAUUCUAGCCGCAGGGUACGUUGAGGAUGCAGAAAUCGCUGUCGAUGCUACUUCCAUAUGUGCAAACAUAAUAGGAUGGACAUUCAUGUUGUGUAUUGGAUUCAAUGCUGCAAUAAGUGUAAGGGUAUCAAAUGAACUAGGAGCAGGACAUCCAAGAAGAGCAAAGUUUUCAGUGUUAGUGGUGUCAAUCACUUCACUUGUAAUUGGUGCAUUAUUGACACUUGUACUCAUACUUACACGAAGCCAAUAUCCACUUUUGUUCACAAAUAAUGUGAAAGUACAAAAGAUGGUAUAUGAUCUUACUCCUGUAUUGGGACUUACACUCUUCGUCAACACACUCCAACCUACACUCUCUGGGGUGGCAAUUGGAGCAGGGUGGCAAGAACAUGUUGCUUAUGUGAACAUUAUAUGUUAUUAUGUCAUUGGAAUUCCUUUGGGUCUCUUUCUUACCUUUUUCAUCAAAUGGGGCAUGCCGGGCAUGUGGUAUGGGAUGUUAUUAGGAACUACAACUCAAACAACUGUUCUCAUUUGGAUAACUGCAAGAACUGAUUGGGACAAGGAGGCUUCUCUUGCUGGAGAGAGAAUAAAGCAACUAGGAGGAAGCAAAAGCUUGAAUGUCAUUGAUGGAUAUGCCAUCAAUUGAGACUCCAAAAUGCAGUCAACAUUGCUUCAAGAUUUUAAUGAUGGAAACUCAUAGAAUUACUCCAACUCUUUUUCCACUUUUCUGUUAUUUUAUUUCCUUUAAUCCUUGAUUAGUGUGAUUUAUCAUUUGAGAAAGCUUUUUUAACCUAGUUUUGGUAUGUUCUUUUUUU